CAGCCUGGAGCACAAGGAGAGGCUCUUCAUGGCAGCGAUGGGAGUUGAGAAAAUGGAAAUGGACACAAAUGAAACUCUAAUGGAGAAGAGCAAGAAGCUUCGUCCGGCCCGGACCCCCAACAAGUACGAGACUCUGUUCCAGCCGUGCCUGGCAGAGAUGGUGGGGACCAUGUUCUUUGUUUUUAUCGGCUGUGUGUCUGUGAUUGAGAACGUGCCUGCAGCUGGACGGCUGCAGCCGGCUCUGGCACACGGACUGGCGGUGGCGGUGCUGGUGGCCCUCAUGGACAACAUCAGCGGUUCCCAUUUCAACCCCCCCUUCACUCUGGCCAUUUAUAUGUGUGGUGGCAUGGACCUGAUCUUGGUGGGCCCCUACCUGGUCUGCCAGCUGAUUGGAGGAGUGCUGGGAGCUGGAAUGGCAAAGGUCAUGACGCCUCCAGAACGCUACCUCAAUGCCUCUGGAGCAGCAUUUGACAUCCUCAAGUCCGAGAGCCAACUGUCUGCGGCCAUCUUUGGAGAGGUGGCCAUGACCUGUUUGGUCACCAUGGUGGUGCUGCUGGCAGCGGUCAAUAGCAAGACCAAAACACCGCUGGCUCCAUUCCUGGUGGGCUGCACUGUCAUCAUCAACAUCCUAGCAGGAGGUGACGUGUCGGGAACGUGUCUGAACCCUGCUCGGGCUUUUGGUCCUGCUUUGCUGACAAACUACUGGACCUACCACUGGGUCUACUGGGUCGGGCCCAUUACAGGGGGCCUGGUGGCGGCGGCUUUGCUCAGGCUCAUUCUGGGUGAUGAGAAGUUACGAAUUGUUAUGAAAUGAU